GUCCUCGUUAUGUGUGGCGGAAGUGGGGCAGUAAAUCAGUGCCCUCGUUAGUGUGUUUGCUGUAGUACAGGCGGCGCUUUGUUUCAGUCACAAACACGCCCGUGUCCGACACACACACACGCGCUCGACGCGCCGCCGCGCAUUUCCCGUUGGAAGCUCGACACGUCACGCCGAAUCUAACGGAAAACAACGGCUUUUCAUUCGGGAUGAAGGGAGUGAUCGCGCCGCGUUCAUCUGGCGGAGAAUAAUCGCGAGGAUUCCUCACAGUGUGUCCGGCUGGAUUCGGGCUCGGAACAGCAGGAUUCUCCCGCAUUCCUACUGCUGGAUGUGGAUGAAUAUAAUGCGAUGAAUGUCGACAGAAUGAGCGCGCUAUAAACACACUCCUUCUCAGAACGCUCCCGCUGUAUCCCCACCCGACGGACACGAUGGAUGAAGUUUUUACGCCUUUGUUGGAGGAUUUUCUGCAGUCUCCUCUGGUGUGCUGGGUGAAGACUGUCUCUCAGCUCAUCUCUGAUGGAUCUCAUCUGUCGGACUUCAUGACAUUAGUGGACGGAGUUUAUUUGAACGACAUCAUGAUUCAGAUUAAUCCGCAGUCGAGCGUCCAGAGACCCCACAGGAAGGUGAACAACGACCCGACGCUGCGCAUCCAGAACCUGUCCAUCCUCGUGCAGCAGAUCAAGAGCUACUAUCAGGAGACUCUGCAGCAGCUGGUGGUGAUGUCACUUCCUGACGUGCUGGUGUUGGGCAGGACUCCUCUCAGUGAGCAAGGACUGGAGGAGAUGAGGAAACUACUGCUGCUGCUGCUGGGCUGCGCUGUACAGUGCAACAGGAAAGAGGAAUACAUCGACAGGAUCCAGACGCUGGACUAUGACACGCAGGCAGCCAUUGCCGGUCACAUCCAAGAGGUGACCCAUAACCAGGAGAACGUCUUUGACCUUCAGUGUGUGGAGGAGAGCGAGUCCGUCUCGCACGAUAAAGACACGCUUGUCAGAGACCUGACCUUUAACCUCAAGCGCCUCGUAGACGAGAGAGACCAACAUGCCGAGACGAUUGUGUCUCUGACUCUGGAGCGGGACUGCGGUCACGCAUCUCCGCGGUCCACGCCACCCCUGUCGCCCAGCGAGUCGCCCAGCAUGAGACGCACGGAGAGCGUGCAGCACCUGUCUGUGGAGCUGGCCGACGCUAAAGCCAAGAUCAGACGCCUGCGGCAGGAGCUAGAGGAGAAGACUGAACAACUGCUGGACUGCAGGCAGGAGCUGGACAACAUGGAGGCAGAAGUGAAGAGACUGCAGCAGGAAAACCUGCAGUUGAUGUGUGACGCGCGUUCGCUGCGGGCGUAUCGUGACGAGCUGGACGCGUUCCGAGAGAAGGCCGUCAGAGUGGACAAACUGGAGAGUGAAAUGAUGCGCUACAAAGAGAAACUCCACGACAUUGAGUUCUACAGGACCAGAGUGGAGGAACUGAAGGAGGACAAUCAGGUUCUGCUGGAGACCAAAAGCAUGCUGGAGGAUCAGCUGGAGUCAUUCAGAGCUCGAUCUGAUAAACAUCAUGAGCUGGAGAAGGAAAAUCUGCAGCUUAAAAACAAGAUCCACGACAUGGAGAUGGACCGAGACAUGGACAGGAAGCGCAUGGAGGAACUGAUGGAGGAGAACCUGUCGCUAGAGAUGGCUCAGAAACAGAGUAUGGACGAGUCUCUGCAUCUGGGCUGGGAACUGGAGCAGCUCUCCAAAACCACACCUGAACUCACUGAAGUGCCGCAGAAAUCUCUGGGUCACGAGGUGAAUGACCUGACAUCCAGUCAGCUGCUCAAGCUGGAGAAGGAGAAUCAGAUGCUGCUGAAGACCGUGGAGGAGCUGAAGGCGUCGAGUGAGAGCGGCGCGCGCCUCCGACUGGAGAAAGACAAACAGAAACUCAGCCAGCAGCUGGAGCAGCUGCAGACGGAGCUGACCGCAGACAGAGAGAGUCUGCGCAGUGCUGAGAGUCUGAGCGCAGACCUGCUGAAAGAGAAAGCGCAGCUGGAGAAAACACUGGAAACGCUCCAAGAGAACUCCGACAGACAGGUCAAGGGUCUGGAACAGGAGAACGAACAUCUGAACCAGACCAUCGCCUCUCUCAGGCAGCGCUCUCAGGUUAGCGCUGAAGCCCGCGUCAAAGACAUUGAGAAAGAAAACCGUGUGCUGCACGAGUCCAUCAAAGAGACCAGCAGCAAACUCAACAAGAUGGAGUUUGAGCGCAAGCAGCUUCGCAAAGACCUGGAGCACUACAAAGAUAAAGGAGAAAGAGCUGAAGAGUUGGAGAUGGAGGUCCAUCGACUGGAGCGAGAAAAGGAGAGUCUGCAGAAGCGACUCGCCGCUCUCGCCAUCACCUGUGAGAAGGUGGAGGUGUUGGAGAAGGAAAAUGCCGAACUGGAAGCGGAGAGUAGAAGGCAUAAGAAAGCAGCGGAUGGUCUGAGGAAUGUUUCCUAUCAACUGGAGGUCCUGGAGAAGGAAAGCGCUCAACUGGACGAAGAAAACCUGGAGCUCAGGCGCAUGGUCGAGUCUUUACGGUCCACGGGAGCAAAAGCAGCCCAGCUGGAGCUGGAGAACAGAGAGCUGGAGAAUGAGAGAACUCAACUCAGAAAGAGCCUUGAGCUGCUGAAGGCUUCGUCCAAAAAGAAUGAGCGUCUGGAAGUAAGUAACCAAAGCCUAGAUGCAGAGAACCAGCGGCUCCAGAAAGCCCUGGAGAACGGCAGCCGCAAGAUCCAGAAGCUGGAGGGGGAACUGCAGGACAUGGAGGUGGAGAACCAGAACCUGCAGCAGAGCCUGGAGGAGCUGAAGAUCUCCAGCAAAGGUCUGGAGCAGCUGGCGCAGGAGAACGCAACCCUGGAGCAGGAGAACACUCAGCUGGAGAGGGACAAGAAACAGCUGGAGAAGGAGAACAAACGGCUGCGACAGCAAGCUGAAAUUAAAGACUCUAAGCUAGAUGAAGACAACCUGCGUAUCUCUCAUCUCGAGAAAGAGAACCGUGUGCUCGGCAAGGAAGUCGCCACUCUCAAAGACACGUGUGGUCGCAUGAAAGACUUAGAAAAGGACAACAAGGAGCUGGUCAAACAAGCAACCAUUGACAAGAAGACUUUGGUCACUCUGAGAGAGGAACUAGUCAAUGAAAAAUUGAAGACUCAGCAGAUUAACAAUGACCUGGAGAAACUGACCCAUGAGCUUGAGAAGAUCGGUCUCAAUAAAGAGGGUCUUCUGGGUGAUGAAGAGAGUUCUGAUGACAGGUUUAAGCUUCUAGAGUGUAAACUGGAGUCCACUCUGAAAUCCUCUCUGGAGAUCAAAGCGGAGAAGAUAGCUGCUCUAGAAGCCCGACUACAGGAGUCCUCCAACCUCAACCAGCAGCUACGGCAGGAGCUCAAAACGGUGAAGAAGAACUACGAGGCGCUGCGUCAGCGUCAGGAGGAGGAGUGUACGGCUCAGAGCUCACCUGCUAGAGGACGGGAGGAUACACAGAGCAUCAGUAAAUGGGAGAAGGAGAGUCAAGAGGCCACACGAGAGCUUCUGAAGGUCAAGGAUCGACUCAUAGAGGUGGAGAGAAACAAUGCCACUCUUCAAGCAGAGAAACAGGCUCUCCGGACGCAGUUAAAGCAGCUGGAGUCUCAGAGCAGUAAUCUUCAGGCGCAGAUAUUAGCGCUGCAGAGGCAGACCGCGUCCCUACAGGAGAACAACACCACGCUGCAAACACAGAACGCCAAACUACAGGUGGAGAACUCGACACUGAACUCUCAGAGCGCUGCUCUCAUGUCCCAGAAUGCCCAGCUGCAGACGCAGCAGUCCAGCACAGAGAGCGAGAGAGAUGCCGCCAUGCGAGAGAAGGAAGAACUACGCACGGUGUACGAUCUGCUGCUACACGACCACGAGAAGCUGUCCGCCCUGCACGAGAGACAGGCAUCUGAGUACGAGGAUCUGAUCGGCAAACAUGGAGAGCUGAAGAGCGGCCAUAAAAGCCUGGAGGUGCAGCACCGCAGCCUGGAGAACAGGUACAAUCAGCUGUUGAAGCAGAAGACAGAGCUGGAGCAGCUGGAGAAGGAACUCAAAGCAGAUCGAGAGAAGAUGAUCUCUGACAACAAGAGCCAUCAGGACAUGGCUGCACAGUACCACAAACUCAGCGCCGAGCACCACACGCUGAAUUCUACAUACCAACAGCUCCUGAAGGACAAUGAGCUUCUGCAGACGGAUCAUAAGACGCUUAAGAGUCAGCUGAACACAGCCCGUCUGGAGCAGACCCGUCUAGAGGCCGAGUUCUCCAAACUCAAGGAACAGUACCAGCAGCUGGACAUAACCUCUACCAAACUCACCAACCAGUGCGAGUUAUUAAGUCAGUUGAAAGGGAAUCUAGAGGAAGAGAACCGGCAUUUGCUGGAUCAGAUCCAGACCCUCAUGCUGCAGAACCGGACCCUGCUGGAGCAGACCAUGGAGAGCAAAGACCUGUUCCACGUCGAGCAGCGGCAAUACAUUGAUAAACUCAACGAACUGAGGAGACAGAAGGAGAAACUUGAGGAGAAGAUUAUGGAUCAGUAUAAAUUUUAUGAUCCAUCACCUCCACGAAGGAGGGGUAACUGGAUCACACUGAAGAUGAAGAAACUCAUCAAGCCAAAGAGUCGUGAGCGCAUGCGCUCUCUCACACAGACCCCGUCCCGCUCAGAGUCCAGCGAAGGUUUCCUGACGCUGCCCCACCCAGACAGUCAGGACAGCUCAUCCAUAGGCUCCGGAUCCAAUUCACUGGAGGAUUCGCUCACCCACCGCAGCGGCAGGAAGAGAGCUGAGAAAAGCCAAACGCAGGCUUCCUCUAACGCCCUGAAAAAGCUUCCGUUCAUGAGGAACCGAUCCAAGGAGAAAGACCGUGAGAAGGCCGUCUACCGCCGCUCUAUGUCCAUGAAUGACCUGCUGCAGACGAUGGCGGUGUCCGAGGGUCAGUGGUCCAGCAGCACUGAUCAUCUGGAAGCUCCUGAUGGGAAGGAGUUCGGAUCCAUGGACUAUUCCAGUGCUGCUGCCGAAUACGCCAACCUGAGCCGCAGCCGCAACGCUCGACACCACAUUGAUACAGGUAAUGCCAUGUCCAGUGAUGACAUCACACAGUUGUCCUCAGAGGAGUCCAGUGUGCUGCGAGCUCAGGGCGUAAUGAACGGCAGUGCGAGCAGAGCUCACAGUGAGAGCAGUGGUGACAUCAGUGUGAGUUUGGACAGUCCGCAGCACAGCUCACUGGACGGCAAACGCAGGGCCAAAUCUGGAGGCAGUGAGAUGGUUUCCCUGCAGCAGUUCCUGAUCGAGAGCACAGACCCGGCAGAGGACGCUCUGGCAGCACAGUCGGGACGUGCGUCUGGAGCCGCGCCACAGGCGUCUAAAGAGCGCGGGAAGGGCCGCGGCAUCUUGCGUUCGGCCAGCGGCAAGGCACCGGCAUCAGAAUCUAGCGCCGCACGAGCCAACCAACCGGGACGCCCGAGCCUGCGUAAGGCCGAGAGCACACGUGCCAAGGGCUCAGCACCACCUCGGGCCGGCCUUUCGUCCCAGAGUAAGGCGGUGUCGGUGUCGGAGCGGCUGGACUCAUCAUCAGGUCUGCCCCGCGCCAGCAGCGUCAUCUCCACCGCCGAGGGCACCGUCCGCAGGACCAGCAUCCACGACCUGCUCUCCAAGGACAGCCGGCAGCCCGUUCUGGUCGACCCGUCGCCCUCCAGGACCAAGAGCGCCUCCAAUGUGGAAGUAUUACAGGAAAACAGGAAGUCUAAAAGAGGUGGCACUCAGAGUCUGUCAUGAAUUCACAUGAGAAACACCGUCUGAAGACUGGCACAAUUCUCCUGCCGUGAGAAACACCUCCUGUUUCUCACUCUUUUUUAAUCAUGGACCCCUCAGAAAUGAAAAUAAAGAAAUGUCCUUCUUUUUCCUUGAAUCAAGGACCCAAAAGGAUUCCUGAACGAGUGUGUUUUAACACACGGCUGCUGCUGAACUUCACACGGACCGAACGUCACGAGAUCAUCGAACACCGACUCACGUGGAGCUGAAUCACUGCAAACACAGAAGGACUGAGAGGAAAACCUUUCAAAACACCAAAAAAAAUAAAGACAGUGUGAGAGUGUGUGUGUAUGAGUGUGUAUGUGAGUAAGUGUGAGUAUGAGUAGUGCGAGUAUGUGAGCGAGUACAAGUGUGAGUAUGUGAGUGUGUUUGUGAGUAUGAGCAUUUGUGUGAGUCUUAGUAUGUGUAUUUGUGAGUAUGAGUGAAUGUUUGUGACUGAGUAUAUGAAUGUAUGCGAGUGUGAAUUUGUAAGUGUGAGUAUUUGAGUGAGAAUGUAUGAGUGUGUGAGUAUGUGAGUUUUUAUGUGUGAGUAUGAGUGUAUGCGACCGAGUAUAUGAAUGUAUGUUAGUGUUUGUAUACGAGUGUGUUUGUGAGUAUAUGUAUGAGCGUGUGUGUGAGUGCAUGAGUGUGUGUAGGUGCCACAAGAGAAAGCAAGGACAGCCGUGUUAUUCCUGUGUGAACGUCUCAUUCUGCUUCAUUCCUCUUUUCAUAAAGUAAUUUGAUGUGAUAAACUUA